UUAAUCUAUUGGCAACACUAGCUCUAAAAAAAAUAUUCGAAAUUAUUUUCCAAAUAGAUUGUAAAUAUUCGAAACUGAGUUAACAUAAUAUUUAGAUGUUAAAAUGUAUUAAUAUAAUUAAUAGGUAUCUUUUAAAAUAACUCAAAGAUUAUAUAGAUGUCUAAAUAGGUAUCUACUUCUGAUAAACCAUUAACUCAUAUGAAAAUGACUUCAAAAGGAAUAUUUGAAAACAACUAUGACGAUUAUUCUACCGAAGUUGCAAAUAACAUUCUUAAUGAAUCUAAAGAUGGGCUGUCUGAAAGGUUUCUAGCAAAGUUACAAAAUUUUAAGUCCAAUAAAAUGCAUGUGUUGACAACAAAAAUGCAGAAUGAUAUCUUUUAUGAUGGAACAAUAUACACAGGCUCAUCAGGACUUGCUUUGUAUCAUUUUACAUGUGCAUUAGGAAAAAACAAAAACAGUUAUGAAAGUUUAAAGGCUGCAUUGGAAUAUAUUAAUAUAGAGAACUUGAAAGGUCGGAGAAUAAGUUUUUUAUGUGGAGACGCUGGACCAUUAGCUUUAGCUACAGUCAUAUCAUAUAAAAUAGGAACAAGGCGCCCAGAUAACCUUCCUGAUUAUAAAAUUUUAGCCCAAAGACUUAUGUCCCUUAUACAUUUAUUGAAUGAUUCACCUGAUGAACUGUUAUAUGGCAAAUCUGGAUACCUUUAUGCUUUACUGUUUGUGAAUAAAUAUAUUACUGAAAAAGAAGUCAUUCCUGCCAAUCAUAUUGAAAAGGUAAUUGUUGCCAUUUUAAACUCUGGUAAACAAUUUUCUGCACAAAUGAAGUCAGAUAGUCCACUUUUAUGGCAGUGGCAUGAUAAAAUAUAUUUUGGAGCAGCUCAUGGAAUGGCUGGAAUUCUAUAUAUGUUAUUACAGGCUCGCAUUUAUAUAAAUGCUAUUGACAUACGAAAUUUUAUAAAACCAGCCUUAGAUUGGCUAUUGAAUCAGCGCUUUCCAAGUGGAAACUUUCCAUCUUCCUUAGGUAGCAGUUCUGGUGAUAGACUGGUUCAGUGGUGUCAUGGAGCACCUGGCUUUGUGCCUUUAUGCUUAUUAGCACAUCAGAUAUUUGAAGAGGAUAAAUACUUAAAAAUUGCCCUACAAUGUGGCGAUGUUAUAUGGCGUCGAGGUUUGUCCACUAAAGGAUAUAGUAUAUGUCACGGAGUAAGCGGGAACGCUUACGCAUUCAUUCAGUUGUAUCAAGCUACAAAAAAACCUCUGCAUUUGUAUCGUGCUUGUUGCUUCAUGGAAUGGUGCGCAGUGGAGCGUUCCGGUACAGAGUUACACCGACCAGAUAGACCUGCUUCUCUCUUUGAAGGCUUGGUUGGGCGGCUCUAUUUAGCCGAAGACCUUACUCGUAUUUUAGAUGCGAAAUUUCCUGCAUUGUGCCUGUAAAGGUAAAAAAGCUAGUUGUCAUAGACAAAAAAUAUAGUAAGUUUUUAUAAGGAAUAUAUUACUCAGUCCUCAAUUUUUCAUGAAAUGAAAUUUAUAUAAAAAGCACUUACUAUUUUGUGGGACGAUGACGAUAUCCAGCCUAGUUAUUACAAUUUGCUAAUAGCUUCUAUGUAAUAUUAUUAAUAAAACUUAUAUAUAUAUAUAUAUAUAUAUAUAUAUAUAUAUAUAUAUAUAUAUAAUUUCAGUACUGGCUUGGUUCAUACUAAAAUGAACGACUGACUUCGACGCGCUCAUACCUAUGUUGAUGUCAGGAUGCUUUGUUUACAUUUACCUCACUUCCAGUGCGUCGUACCCUGCCAUCUCUAAUAAGAACUUAUUAGGUUAUAUAGUAGGAUUUGCAAUAUACAAUCUUACAUUGUUUUUGAUACAGCCAUUCAUAAACAUUUCUAUUAUUUGCACCCUGAGUAUAUAGGUACUCAGGGUGUGUAUAUAGGUUUAGACAAAUCUGCAUUAUACCCUGCCAUCCCCAAUAAGUAACUAUAUAAGAUACCUAGUACAUACGCAGUAUAAAAUGCAUAAUGUUUUUGAUACAGUCUUAUAAACAUUUCAAUUUUCUACAUUAUAUGUUUUGAUUAAUAUGAAUUCCAGAUAAUUGCAUUACUUUGUAACUUUCUGUGAAUGAAGGUAUUGUAUAACAAUUAUUAUAAAUAUGAAACUCUGUAAAGAUAUUUGGAUGUUUAUAACUUAAUCAUGUUUCAACAGUUGAAUGAGAUUUUAUACAUGGGUAGGUUAUAUCCUAACAUGUACUUUGUACAUUAAUUCACGCCAAUACUAAAGUAGCGCACAAUUGAAGAGUGAUUUUCGACGUCCUAUUUUCUAUGGUAAAAUAAAAAAUGUGGUUUCACAUACAGAUUAAUUCAGGCCAUAUGUUUACAUUUUAAAGGUAGCGAUUAAACUGUAAAAAUCACUAGACCAGUGAAAGAAAUGAAAGAGCAGUACAUAUAAAUUAGGUCAUAUAUUGGAAAUUUGUAUAAAUAUUUAUAAUAUACAUCAUGGAAUAUAAAAAGUUAAACCAUUGAUAUUGAUUGGUCAUUAUGAACUUCAAGUAUACUUAUAGGAAGAACUAAUAGGUAGCAUAUAUUAACACAAAGUAAAUUGAAUAAAAUAUAAAAAACAUGAUUUCAAAAAUUUCAGAUCAGAAUGUUACCAGAUUUACAAGUUAUUUUUUGUGUUAAGAUUUAUUAUCACAUUGUUUCACAUAUUUUAUCAUCCCAGUUUUUGUUUGACACAGUGUAAACCAAAAACUAGUCUAAAAUUUUACCUGCAUAGCAAAUUUAAUUCUCUUGCUCUCACUCAAUUCCUGUUUUUAAUUAAAUCACCAAAUAAACAAUGUAGUGGGGCGAUUCAGGCCAUGGCUAUGGUGAAAUCUUUUAGGCUGCCUUUCUUUAAAAUUUGCGGCUGUAAAGAUAGCCUUAUGUUCCAUAUAAGAGAGGGUACGGCUAUAACAGCAAUUAAGCUGGGUGACACUUGUAUGAUUUUCUUUGUAAAUGCGGCAAUGUCGCCGAAAUGUACCUUUCAUACAUUCAGACCCCGCUUACUCUGAGGCUCUCGCAUUUAACAAAUAAUGACGAUAAGACGCGACACACGUGUCGGCGAAAGACACGUACGAUACCACUGCGACGUCCGUUGCUUGCGAGCACUGACUUACAAAACGUAACUUAAAGUUAUUAACCAUGGGAUUGUCAGAUCUACCUGAAUAUUUAAUCUUAUGCUAUAGCAAUAUGCGCAUGACUAAUCAGUUUUUAAAACAUUCUAGUUGAUUCUAGUUCAUUCUUUUCACGCUAUAACAAUAGGUACAUUCGACGCAUUUCAGUCAAUUUUAAAUAUCUAUGUAUGUAUUAUAACGACUGAUGUAUCUCAAAACGAUACAAUGAUUCAAAUUCUUUUGCGACAGAUUUGCAUUGUAAGGCAGUCACUACAUCAGUCGCGCUUCUGCUUUCUAUAUACAUCUAUGAUGUCGUUUUUGUAACAAAUUUAUUUCAUGUGCCAUAUCAAGAGCUAUACGUACAAUCGCAUACAUUUAUGUGUGGAUAUGUAAUGCGAACUUUCUAUUGAUCAUUCCUUGUCUUAUUAUAUUUCACAAUACGGUUGGAUGAGAACUAGACUGACUACAGAAAAUAAACAUUUAUGGUAAUGAUUCAAUAAUUAUUAUAUAUUCUACUUUUUUCUACAUUUUUUUAAAAAUUGAAUUUAAACUACCAAUAGCUGAAAUCUCAGUAGGUAAUUAAUUUUCCUCAUGUAUGUUGCUUAUAUUAUUUGUACGUUUGUAACAAUCGAUUGUUAUCGUAUGCGUUCAUGUUGU